AUGGCUUCUGCCUCUACGCACUACACGGACCAGAAGCUGGAAAUACCUAAUGAAGGAGAUGCGGCACUGGCUGAAUUCUGCAACCUCGACGGCCAAGAGAACCCUAAACAAUGGCCGAUGCUUCGAAAAUGGAAGGCUAUGCUCGGCAUUUCGUUCUUUGUUCUUAUGAGCCCUCUUUCUUCAACGAUUGUAGGACCGAGCUUACCGAGUAUUGCUAGAGAUUUAUCAAUUACCAGGCCUGCAGAGCAAGCGUUGGUGCUUUCUGUCUUUGUGCUCCCCUAUGCCUUUGGCCCGUUGAUUGCAAGCCCUUUAUCAGAAAUAUAUGGGCGGGUACCAGUAAUCCAGUCUUGGAAUCUCCUAUAUCUUGUCUUCAAUACUGCAUGUGGCAGUGCACGAUCAAAGUCAGCCAUGUUUAGCUUUAGAUUCUUAGCAGGCUUUUUUGGAAGCGCUACACUCGGUAUUGGUGGUGGAACCUUAGGUGAUCUCUUUACAGCCGAGGAACGCGGUAAAGCAGUUGCCAUCUAUAGCGUUAUCCCCUUGCUCUCACCAAUCUUCGGUCCAAUUUUCGGCGGCCUUAUUUCCCAGCACAUAUCAUGGCGCUGGGCAUUCUAUAUAAGCUCGCUAUUAGAUGCAGUUAUCCAGAUUCUGGGACUUUAUCUUCUCGAGGAAACAUAUGCCCCAGUGCUUCUACGAAAAGCAGAUGCGUUCACUACGCUACGCUCCACGACCAGGGACGCAUUAAAGGAACUCCUUACCCAGUUAAAGGCUAAUCUCGGGCGAGCGGUCCUCCUUCUCACUACACAGCCCAUUGUUCAGGUAUUUGCCGUAUAUAAUGCAUUUCUUUAUGGCAUUAUCUAUGUCCUGUAUACCACCUUUCCGGAUCUAUAUACCAAGAUCUACUAUCAAACAGAAGGAAUGGUGGGUUUACAUUAUAUUGCUAUGGGGGUGGGUAUGGUUAUUGCGGCUGAGGGCUUCACUCUUGUUAAUGAUCGAAUCUUUGCCUUGCUCAAGGCCAGGAAUAACGGGGUGGCUCUGCCGGAGUUCCGUGUGCCAUCGAUGGCACCAGCGACUCUGCUGAUAGCUGGAGGGCUGUUCUGGUAUGGCUGGAGCGCGCAGUACAAACUCCAAUGGAUCAUGCCCGAUAUUGGGAGCGGCAUAUUCUGCGCAGGGGCUGUUAUAUGUGGCAUCUCUGCAAAUGCGUAUAUAAUUGACACGUAUGGAAAGUUCUCUGCAAGCGCGUUGGCUGCAGUUGGGACGCUGAGAAGCCUGACGGCAUUUGGGUUCCCUCUGUUUGCUCCUUAUGUGUUUGACACAAUAGGCUAUGGAUGGACAGGAAGCCUUCUUGGAUUCUGUGCUCUGAGUAUCGGGCUCCCCGGUGUCGCCGCUAUCUGGGUCUAUGGCAAAGCACUACGCCGACGGAGCACACUUGCAGCUCCGGACAUCAGAUAA